AGUGCACUGUUUGAUAUCUAUCUUUUAUGGUACCAAUAACGUAGCAUUUCACCACUUGUUCAUCAAGAUCCAGACUUCGAUUAUUCUCUUUGGGAACUCGUUUAUGUUUUUUAAUUGUAUGGUUUAUAAGUCUGGUUGUUUAUUUACUCAUAAAAAUACAAAAACAUCUAAAUCUCUAUUUUUAGUUACAUUGCACUUCCUUUUGCGCUUGCACCUUGUUGUCGGUUUAAAUUCGUUACACAACUAGUACAUUUGGAAGAAAGUUCUUUAAUAACAAUCACACGAUUGUAAGGUUAGGUUUUCAAAAGACGACUACUGGGUUUGUAAUACACGAGAACAGUUGUGAAUCAAGUUUUUCACUGCAUAAUUUGAUCAUCCCUGUAUACAUGAGGAGCAAUACUUAAAUCUUAAACUUUAAUGAAAUGUUAUAACAAAUGUCCAAUUUUAAACUCGCGUUAUGAUCCUUCAAAUAUGUUUAAUUAAUUACUAGAUAUUGACUAUAUCUUCAUGAAAAUAUAAGGCAAGUGUCGCGUAGUAUCGAUUCAGGGUUUGAAUCGAAGAUGUAGUUCAAUCUAGCUUUAAUAUCGUGCCGCUAGGCUUUUAGGUUUUUCAUGUCCGGAAGUACACUGUAUUUUAUAUUAGUUUUGCCAGGAAAAGUCUGAAAACUUAAAAGUAGAUUCUAAAUCAGCCUAGCUAAGUCAUGGCUGGCCUCUUUUACAUUUUUCGUUUCUAUGAAGACUGACCACUAAUAGCAGUCAAUUUCAUGGUCGUUUAGAACUUAGUGACUAUCGAAAUGCAAUGAUCAAAUUUUUACGUGCAUUCACUUUCAAAGUUUUGACGUCAAAUUUAUAUUGUAACUAUUGUUGCGUCAUUUAAGCAAUGAUCACACUUAUCUUAAUACGUAGAAUUCGGUCAGAACCUUGAACUAUACAUGUAAGAUAACGCAAAUAUUUGCUAACUAAUUCGAUUUUCAAUUUACAAGUUUUUCUGCCUCUAAAAUUUCUGGGAUUUUAUAUGUUGGAAUAUGGGCUGUAUCCACUCUAGACAAAAUCUUUUUUGAUGGUAUUUGGUGGUACUAUGAUGCAGACUUUAUUAAGAAACUCAUGUGUCAGUUAAUGCUGUCUGAAUUAGAUCAUUGAUAAAGCUUCCUACGUAUGUACCAUGGCUUUGGCUGAAACUUCGAUCGUCUAUGUGAACAUUGUAUAGAAUUUGUCUUGUCUAUAGUGUAAACGACAGCAUUCACUAACUUUUUAUUUGUAGGUUAAAUUUGUCAAAAAAGCCAGUUGUGUGAAAUUUUUAUAUAUUAAGACAUGAUAAUAAUUAGAAACAUAUACUUAGAAGAUGGCCUUAUCCAUAAUUUUCCAUAUAAUUACUGACAUAAGUUCUCAUUUUGGUCAAAUAUUACCGACAAGUUUGAAGUUCAAACUGAAUUCAUCCAAUUUCAGUUGAGGUAUUUAAGUAUUCCGAUUAGUCUUCACAUCAUAAGUUUGCUUCAAAACUGAGUACAAUAAUCUAUAAUUAAUUGCAGUCACUGUUGGGAUUAUCGUUAAUUUUUGAAAUAUUAUUGUUAGUACAAUAAGUAUUUCGUUAAUAGCAUUAUAAAAAUAGUUCAUUUUAGAUCACAUCCGAGUAAUUUUCUUUAUCUCUCCUUCGAUACAAUAACUAAGUCUUAUUAUAUAUGCUGCCUGGAAAUAAUUAACAUCUCAAAGCAUUUUUUUACAUUGUAAUAAUCACAGAACCAUCCGGAAUUGUUCACGAGAAUAUGAAAUUUUUUUAUUUUAUCAGUGUAACAUCCUACCACUUAUAGUUCAAUCCAUUAAAAAUUUUGGCAGAUUAUUAAAGUGAGAUACGAAGUUCAAAGUACAACUAAUCUUAAAUCAAGAUGUAGGAUUUUGUGUAAAAAGACACAAGCUAGUUGAUGAAUUUCAAUAAUAAAAGUCAGCUAGCAAACAUAAUUGCUUAGAUUAUGACUUUAUUUUUUAAUAUGAUCUAGUUUUCACAUCUUGGCUUCCCAAUAAAACUUUGCGAAAUUUAUCUUUGGGUCACAUUAUGUUCAAGUUAUGAAUGCUACCUGAUAUAAUGUAGAUUAUACUGCUAAUUAAAUUGCUUACAUAUAUAAUUUAUUGUUAGCUAUUCAGAGUGAAACACUGUAGAGAGAAUUUAUUAAAUGGAAAAGAAAUUUAAAGACAAAUUAACACUAGAUGAUGAACAACUGCUAAUAAUGAUGUAAUAAGAAUUAUGCCUUGCAAAUUUUUGACCAAAUGUAUUUUAACUCAAUUUGUUGGUAAAACUAUCUCUAAUUCCAAACGAUGAACAAAUACACAUGAAAAAAUUUAGGUAGUUAGGCCAACUGGGUUUCUCUUAGAGACAUAUAAGUGAAAAAUGUCAUUUUUAUUACUUUCAUAUUUGGAAAAACUUAAAAGAAUGUACCCAUACUUCUUUAAAUUACGAAUUAGCCUACAGUUUCUAAUUUCAGUUAAAUAACCAACAUGAUUUCAUUUUCAUUUAAGGUUUGAAAAGCAACCACCACCUUGAACUGUUAAAAUUACAUGGAAAGUGGAAGACACAGAUCACCAUAUUAUCGAGAUAAUCUUAAUUUAUCAUCACAUCAAUACAUUGAAGGUGUUGAUUCCAAUCCUGAGAUACAUGAUCGUCAAAGACCAGCGAGUGUACAAGAUUUGGAAUAUGGAGAAAUGUAUGAUUCCGGUAUACAACCACACUCAACAUCACCACGACUGAAUAACCCAUACAUUGAUCCGUUAAUUGAGGGUGAUACAAGUGGAAUCGAUCAUCGUACAACAUCAUUAGAUCGUCGUGGCGAAUAUUAUGGUACUCUAAGAGGAAAUUUCGAUUCACAAAGUGAAAGAUUGACAAGAAAACCAAUUAAUCGGCAAUCUUAUACAUUGAAAUCACUUAGUUCAAACCCAGGCUUAUCUGGCAUAUUGGGUUCAACAAACCCAUCAUCAAGUCGGAGAGCACAUUCGUAUGAUAUGAAUUUAGAAAAACAAGGUCUGACGGAUUAUAAUACUUUAUUAGCUGCCGCUGCUGCUGGUGGUGUUGGGGCUGGUGGUGUUGGUACAAAUCCACCGAUUUACGGUUAUCCUACUAAUCCAUUACUAGACUACAGUAGUACUUUAGGCGUACCAACAUUUCCAACUAUUGGUGGUCUUGACUAUGCAACAUUACAAAGAUCUGCCGUUUAUUCAGGUCUACCACAAACUCAACCAACAUCAAUACCAGCUGGAUUAAUUCCACAUAAUCCAACUACAGAUAUUACUACAUUACAAAGAGAAUAUGUACGACUACAACAUGAAUUACAUGUAACUAGAGAGAAAUUAAAUGCCUGUACAAUUAGCAUACGUACCUUUUGGAGUCCUGAAUUGAAGCGUGAGCGAGCAAUGCGUAAGGAAGAGAACGCAAAAUAUGCUAUAUUAGCUGAUCACUUACAUCAAUUACAAUUGGAAAAACAGACAAUGUUAGAAACAUUGCAUAAUAUGGAAUCAGAUUUACGUCAAGAACGUGAUAAACGAAAUCGUAGCCGUUUCAGUGGUGGUGCAAGUGAUUCAGAAGGUUUAAGUGAAUUAGACUUAGCCAAACGUCAAAUAGACGAAUUAACAUUAGAGAAUCGUCAACUUAAAAAAUCUAUUGAAGAUGCUGAUAGACGUAUAUCUAAUUUAAAAUCUAGUCUAAAUGCUACAGAGGAAAGUUUACGUCGAUUAGUUGAUGCAGUUAAAGCUGGUAAAUCAUCGAAUAUCAAUCCAGAAACCACAACAACUACUAAUGUAACUACUGGAGAUGGAUUAACUUCAGUUGGUGAUCAAAGUGCUAUUUCAUCUAUAAAAUUAGAUCGAAUUGAAGCAGAUAGAUUGGAAAUUUCUCGUUUAAGAAAUCAAUUGAAUGAAACAUCAACUCGAAGAAGUGAAGCAGAACGUCAACUAAUUGAAAGAAAUUUUGAAUUAUCAAGAAUAAAAGAGGAUUUUGAUGCACUUUUACAAGAACAUCGACAACUUAGACAAGAAUGUGAAACACUUCGACAUGAUACAAGACAAACUCAAACAUUACAAUCAUUAGUGGAUACAAAAGAAUCGAAAAUUUUAACAUUGGAAAAUGAAAUACGUCUUUUAGAAGAUGAAAUUACUCGUCUUCGAGAUGAUGGCCUAAUUACUCCAAAUACAUCAACUAGCAGUGGGAUUGAUGAUUUAGAUAAAACUUUACAAGUAUUUCGAAGUAACGAACGUAUUUUGAAAUCUAAAAUUGAAAUGUUAAAUAGUGAAAUUUCAAAACGUGAAUGUGAAUUAUACACAUUACAAUCACGUUUAGAAAUGACUGAUAAACAACAUCAAGAUCAAAAUCAUCAUAUUAAUGUAUUAAAAGAACAAGUGAAUACACGUGAACAUAAAAUCUCCAUGUUAACAGCUGAUGCAGAAGAUUUUCGUAAAAGAAUUAAAGAGAAAGAAAAUCUUUUAGAAAAGAAAACAAAAGCAUUGAAUAGUGCACAAUCAGCUAAACGACAAAUUGAACAAGAAUUAACUGAACUUAAAGAUCAAAUGGAUAUAAAAGAUAGAAAAAUAUCUUUAUUACAAAAAAAGAUUGAAAAUAUAGAAGAUUUACUUAAUGAUAAAGAAACACAAUUAGCAACAGCUCAAGCACGUCUUUCACGUAUUAGUACAGAACGUGUCAGUUCAGAUGGUGGACGUAUUGGAUGGGAAGAAACAUUAAAAGAUAAAGAUCGACAAAUUGAACGUUUAAAAGAAGCUCGUCAACGUAGUGAAUCAGAAAUUGUUGAAGAAUUAGAAACACAAAAACGUUUAAAUAAUGAAUUUAAAAAUCGUUUAGAUAUUUUACAAAAAGAAUUAGAUGAGAAAACAACACAAUUAAUGGAAAUACGUGAUGAAACAAAUGAUUAUAGAACAUCCAGAUUUAAAUUAGAAACAGAAAUCAAUCAAUUACAAACCCAAUUAAGUCAAAGAAAUUCCGAAGUGACUACAUUACAAAUGGAGAAACAAUUAUUACAAAAACAACUAACCACUGAAUCUGAUAUGAAAUUUUUACAAAGAACAGCAGAAUUAGAAGGACAAUUAAAUCAUUAUAUGGAAAAUUCAUCUAAACUUCAAACAGAAGUAGAUCGUUUAUUAAGAACAAUUGAUACAGAAAAAUUUGAUAAAGAAAAUCAAUUAAAUGAAUUAAAAGAAGAACUUCGUGAAGCACAAAAUAAUUUGAAUAAUUUAAAACGUAAUCAACAGAAUGAACGAAAAAAAUCAAGUCAACAACUUGAAGAGUCAAGACAACGUGAAGAGAAUGCACAAUCUGAUAAUGAAAUAUUAAAGGGUAUUAUAACAGAGAAAGAUGGAAGAAUUCGUGAACUAGAGCAAGCUUUGCGCGAAAGUGUACGUUUAACAGCGGAACGUGAAAUUUACGCUUCCGGUCGUGAUGAUGAAACAAGACAUUUAGAGCAACAGGUACGUGAAUUACGAAGUAAUCUGGAACAUUUUCAACGUGAAAGAAAUAAUCUUUCAGCUCAGUUAGCUUCAGCACAAGAAGAAUUAAGUGAUCGUGAAAAUCAACUUAAAACUUUAGAACAAGAAUGUUUCCAGAAUUAUUUACCUGAAUUAGAAAAAUUACGACGUUCAAAUCAUGAAGCCAAUCUACGUGUAGCAGCUAUGAUUAAACUAACACAAGGACGUGAGCAUACUUUAACUGAUCAAGAUCGUGCUGCAUUAUCUACCAUUCCUCUCUUCCCGAAUAUAUCACUUCAUGGAACUUGGUCAGGAAUGUCUGGUGGUUUAGAAAAUAUCGGUGCAACAUCUGGUACAGGAAGAUCAGGUUAUUUGGCACCAUAUCAUACAGGUAGUGGUGGAUCAUUAUCUCCACAUUUAGCAGGAAGUGCAUUUCAAUUUAUUGGAAAUACUUCAUCUAGUGGUGGUGUAGGUGCAGUUGGUGGUAGGGCAUCAGUACCUGGUCAAUUGAUGUCUAGCCCAGAUGUUAUUAUGUUAUCAAGAAUGUUACAGGAAAAAGAAAAUAUGCUUCAACAACAUUUACAAGAAUUAACUCGAUUAAGAUUUCAAAAUUCUGAACUUGAAAUACGUUUAAAAGCAACACAACGUGAAUUAGAUACAAAAUCAGCUAGAUUAAAUGUACUUGAAACUACUCAUUUGAAUUCAGCUACUGGAAUACAUGAUUUAGGCACAAGAUCCCCAUCAAGUAAUCAAUUAUCAAAAGAAUUAGCAAUAUUACGUAAAACAAAUCAAGAAUUAAGUGUAAAGUUUAAUCAACUACAAAUGGAAUUAGAUGAACGUUCACGUGGUGGAACAUCAACUGUUGGUGCAUACGAUAGACUGAAACCUUCAAUUGGAUUACAUACAACAGACUUUACAGAAAUGGCUACUUUGAGACGAGAACUUGCUUCUGCUAAAGCUGAACGUGAAGUGGAGGUUGCUAGUUUAAACAGUCAAAUUGAAUUAAUCAAACGAGAACGUGAUGAUUUUAAUGAAAAGUUUAAUGAAACAAAAUCUGAUCUUACAGAGAAAAUUCAUCAGCUACGUACACUGGAAGCCGAAAAAGAAAAACUGAUUACAGAAAAAGAUUCUUUACAAAAAAAAUAUGAAUCAGUUUUAAGUCAAUUAAGUGAAAAAUCUGAAAAACUUAAACAACUAGAACAAGAUUGUGCAAAAUCACAUAUUGAAGAAAUAAAAAGAUUAAAUACUGAUCUUGAUGAUUUGAAACAUCAUGUUGGUUAUUUACAAAAUACCAUAAAAAACCGUGAAACCCGUAUUGAAACAACUGAAAAAGAAUCUUUUAAACUAAGAGAUGAAUUAACGAAUAUACGUAAACAAUUGACAACUGCUGAAGCAGAGGUAAAAAGUUUACGUGAUGAUGCAGUUUAUAGAGAAGAACGAAUUAAACAAAUACAAAAUCAAUAUACAGAGGAAAUGACACGAUUACGUUCUACUAAUCAAGAACAAGUAACACGUAUUGGACAUUUAGAAAUGAAACUUGAUGAGAAAGGACAUCAAUUAAAAAGUCAAACAAGUGAAAUUCGUUGUCAAGCUGAUGAAAUUACUCGUCUACAGUCUACAAUUGAAGAAACCAAUAAUCGAUUAUCAGUUAAUCAGAAACGUGCAGAAGAACGUGAAAUGAGAUUAAGAAAACUUGAAAAUGAAAAUCAUGAUUUAUUAGAUGAAAUUCAUGGUCUACGUAAAGGUAAUACAGAAUUGGAGAGUCAAAUAGAUAGUUUAAGACAACGUUUAUUGGAUAGACAAGAAUCAACAGAAUCUGUUACUGGAGUACCAUUAACAUCUACUAGAAUAUAUCAACCAAGUAUAGGAUUAUCUACAACUUCUACUCAAGAAUUAGACAGAUUACGUAAACAGUAUACUGAAAUGAAAAUAUCUUGUGAACAAGCACAAAAAUCAUUUGAAGAAACUCAAAUACAAUAUGAUCAAAUGAAAAUUCAAUAUGAUCAUUUACAAGUACAAUAUGAACAAGAAAAUGAAAAAUGUAAAAAAUUAGAAGAACAAUUACGAAAUAAAAUCAAUGAAUUCAAUGAACAAAUUUCUGAUUCGCGUACUUCAACACAACCUACUCAUCAGUUGACGUUAAAAAUUGAUGAACUUCAGAAAGAACUGGAACGUAAGGAAGCUCAGAUUACAUGUUUGAAUAAACAGAUAGAUCGUCAAUAUACAUCUUUAUCAACUACACCAGAUGCACGUCAUACUGAUUCCACUAAUCAACAAUUAUUAAUAGCUGAUUUACAAGUUCGUCUUCGUCAAGCUAUUGAAGAUCGUGAUAUUGCACGUGAACAAUUGACAACUAAUUUAACUAGAGCUGAAACGUCUACAUUGGAUAUACAACAACAAUAUAUGUUGGAUAAACAAAAUUUACAACAACAAAUUACAAAUUUAACACAAUCCGUACAAAAUGCUACAAAUGAAUCAGAACGUUAUCAAAGAGAAUUUAAACAAGCUAGUUCACGUGUUCAACAACUUAGUCGUCAAUUACAAGAGACACAAUCCAAUUGUGAUUCAAUUGCUCGACAAAGAGAUAGUUUAAGAGAUCAAUUAGAUCAGUUAAAACGUAGUAUGGGACGAACUAGUUCAAGUACAGUAACAAAUAUAUUUGGAAUAACUAGUUCAACUGGUGGUAUGCGUCCAGCAUCUGCUGGUCCAGGAAGUUAUGAUAAUAUUCCAUUAUAUGGUACAACACCUGGAACAACUCAUCUUUCUAGAGAAAUGGAUCGUUUACAUAGAGAAUGUGAAAAUUUACAAAAUCAAUUAAGAACUAGUCAAGAAUCAGAACAACAAGCUCAUAGUUUAAUUGAUAAUUUAAAAAAUGAUAUAAAAAAUCUUACAAAUGAUAUAGAACAAUAUAAAGAACAAAUUAAUGAAUUAGAUAAACAAAAGAUUGAAUGUAAUAAUGAAUUAAUCAAGACUCAACGUGAACUUCAAACGCAAACGGAUGAAGCAAAAGAUAAACUGACUCAUACACAACAACUGUUAAUUGAGAAAACAAGUCAGCUUGAAAAUGCAGUGAAUCAAUUGAAUAAUGUACGACAAUAUUGUACAGAACUUGAACAACGUAUCAAUGAAAUGUCACAACGAUUAAAUAUGGCAGAAUCACAUACUCAACAACAAGCAGAUGAAUUAAAACGCUGUCAACAACUAGAAUAUGAAUGUAAUCAAUUACGUAAUGAAAUAAAGGCUAGUCAUAAUGAAGUACAACAUUUACAAUUACAAUUAGAUCAAUUAAAUAGAGAAUAUCAAAAUCAAGGAAGAAGAAUGGAACAAAUGACUAUUGAAUUAAGUACAUCACAAGCGAAUACAAAUCAAAUGAAACAAGAAUUACAAUUAUUUAAAGAACGUAAUAAAGAACUUGAAAUAAAAAUUACAGAUACUCAUGAAACAAUAAAAGAAUCCGAAAUUGAAACAUUGAAUAUUUUACGCGCGGAAUUAAAAGAUUCUCAAGUGAUUAAACAACGACUUGAAGAAAGAAUAAAUUUAUUACAAGAAGAUUUAAAGCAUACACAACAAGAAUUAGAUGAAAAAGUUAGGGCAUUAGAUGUAUUAGAAAAUACUCAUCUUCGAAAUCAAUCUGAAGAAAUAAUCAAUUUACAGAAAGAGUUAAACAAUGCACGUUUACAAAUUGAAGAGCUUGGAGGUCCUAUUGAACCAGGUUCUAAAUUGAAAGGAUCACCUUUAAAAGUGGAAAUUGAUACAUUGAAAAAAGAAAUUAGUAAACGUGAAGAUGUAAUUAAUCGUAUAGAAAAAGAAUGUCAAGAAAAGCAUAUACAUCGUAUUGAAACAAUGCAAUCUCAAUUACGUCGUUUUGAAGAAGAAACUGCUAAUUUAAAUCAAGUUUUAGAUGAACAAAGAGUUGGAUUAGAAGAAAGAGAUCGUGUUAUAAGACAAUUACGAUCGGAUCAAGCUCAAGGAUCAUUGAUUGAACUUGAGAAAUUAAAAGCUGAACAUAAUGGUUGUAAAGAUAAAAUUGAACAAUUGAAUAAACGUAUUGCCACAAUAAAUAAACAAGUUGAAGAUCAAUCUGAUGAAAUUUUAACAAUCAAACUGGAAUCACUUACCGCUUCAUUAUGUGAAAAAGAAGCUAAUAUUGCUUUGAUGGAAUUGACUGCUCCAAAGAAUGCAACUUCUAAUCAAGCUUUAGAAAAAUUACGAAUUGAACGGGAUCAAUUACAACAACAACAAAAACAACUUAGUAAUACACGGGCUAUGCUUUUAGAAGAAAAAAUGUCACGUCGAUAAUUUCUUACUUGGUUCAACUAAAUUUUAUUAGUAAAUUACACAAUUCAUACCCUACUUUACAAUUCAGUAAUAAAACUAUCCAUCUUAAUAAUCUGUUAUCCUAACUAUCUAUCUAUCUAUCUAUCUAUCCAUACACUUAUCUAUCUACCCAUCUAUCUCUCUAUCUAUCUAUCUAUCUAUCCAUACACUUAUCUAUCUACCCAUCUAUCUAUCUAUCUAUCCAUACACUUAUCUAUCUACCCAUCAAUCUAUCUAUCCAUACACUUAUCUAUCUAUCCAUACACUCAUCUAUCUACCCAUCUAUCUAUCUAUCUAUCUAUCUAUCUAUCUAUCUAUCCAUACACUUAUCUAUCUACCCAUCUAUCUAUCUAUCUAUCUAUCCAUACACUUAUCUAUCUACCCAUCUAUCUAUCUAUCCAUACACUUAUCUAUCUACCCAUCUGUCUACCCAUCUAUCUAUCUAUCUAUCUAUCCAUACACUUAUCUAUCUACCCAUCUAUAUAUCUAUCUAUCUAUCUAUCCACACAUCUAUCUAUCUAUCUGGCCACACUAUCUAUCUAUCUAUUGUUGAAUCAUUGGCUUUUAAUUAAAUCAAACACAGUAAUGUUGUUUACUUUCAAAUUUCAAUUUUUACUUAAUUAUUAUUAUCAUUUAUAAUUUGAUGAGUUUCUCCUCACCUUUACUUGUUUCGGCCACUCUAUUUUUCUUUUCUUUUCCUUUCUUCUUUUCUUGGUUAUUUUUUUCUAAUUUAAAAUAAGCAUGAGUUGACACUUACUUAUCAUUUUUCUGGGUUUUUUUAUUGUACAGAUAACAUUUCUUUUAAUUCUUUAUUAUCAUUAUUCAUAUGAUAAUAAUAGUACAUAUUAUAUAUAUAACAAAGGUUUUAUGUAGUCAAAUAUCCUAAUAAUUUUGUAUUUGCCACGUGAAUAUAUAUACAUAUUGAAUGCAUUUAAACAAAUAUGAUAUCAAUGUUCAAUUAUUGUUAUUAUUGUCAAGAUUAUAAUUCCAUGUCAUUAUAACAUUUGCAUUAUAUAAAUGAUCUAUUAUUAUUAUUAUUAUUGCAGAGUCACUCUCUGAUUUAUAAUCAUGUCCAAUUACGAAAUGUAGUUCAAUAUUUAUAGUUUAUCAGUUACAUGAUUUAUGAUCAAUUAAAUGAAACACUUGAACUUUUUAAAAUAACUAAAGUAAUAUUAAUAAUAACUUGAUUAGUGCGUG